UUGCCGGGAAUACGGUGCCGGGAAUGGGCUCGGCGCUGCUUUUCCUCCUCGACAAUGGCCACCAAUGGCCCAUCUUCAGCAGCGGCAGGGUCGACAAGCGUGCUUCGCCCUUACCAGUCCUCGGUUAUAGACCGGGCCGUGGAGCUGUACGGACAAGGAACCCGGCGCCUGUUGGUUCCGCUGGCAACAGGCCUCGGCAAAACUGUGGUCUUCACGCACCUUCCCCAGGCGUUUCCGGAGCUGUGCCGGCGGGGAACGUUAGUGCUGGUGCAUCGCGACGAGCUCGUGCAACAGGCAGUGGCAUCCUUCGGAAAGUUCCUGCCCCAUCUCUCGGUGGGGGUAGAAAAGGGCAACGAGACCGCGCACGCUGGGUUAGACGUGGUGGUCGCUUCGGUUCAGACCCUUGGGAGGCGCGGUUCGGGAGCGGCGAGGCUUCGAAAGUUCGCGAACUACGGGGGAGUAGUUGUCGUCGACGAGGCGCACCACGUGAAGGCGGGAGGAAUGUACGACGACGUGCUCAACGGGCUUGGCGUCGGCAGCGCGUGUAGGGGGGAGACCCGGGGCGGUCGCCUCCUGGCCGGCUUCACCGCCACACCGCGAAGAGCGGACGGACUGUCCCUGCGGCCUUUCUUCGACCACAGCAUCGGGGGUCUGGAUCUCCACUGGGGCAUCGCGAACGGAUACCUCGUCGACAUCCACGCCUUUGCCGUCAGAACCACCACCGACAUCGCCGCGCUGCCCACUCGCAUGCAGGACUUUUCCGCCGGCGCGCUGUCUACUGCGGUGAACAACGACGUCCGUAAUGAGGCCGCCGCGCGCGCGAUGCUGGAGUUCGGUGCGGGGGAACCCUUGUCUUCGAGGAAGAAAAAAUCCCCGAGGGGAAUCGCCUUCUGCGUGGACGUCCGUCACGCGCACGACCUCGCCCGCGUCCUGAACGAGCACAAUAUUUCGGCGAUGGCGGUCGACGGGGGCAUGAACAAAAAGGAUAGAGGUCGGGCGUUAGCGGCCUUCCGGUCCGGGGAGGUUUCUACUCUCACCAACUGCGGCGUCCUCACGGAGGGUUUUGACGCGCCCUCUUGUGACACGAUUGUCAUGUGCCGCCCGACCCAGUCGGCCCCUCUCUACAUGCAGAUGAUUGGCCGUGGCACUCGCCCGUGGUUGCCACCAACGCCCCAAGGUGCGGAGACCCCACGAAUCACGGACAUUUCCAGCUACAGUGCACAAAACAAUAUCAAUGUAUUUCUUUGGUCCGCCGGGUAG